CUGCAGGCUCCUUCCUCUCCUCUCCUCUCCUCUCCUCUCUCCGGACCGCCACCGCCCAUAUUUAUUAGAGCGCCCCCCCCCCCCCCCCUCCCACCCCCUCUCCCUCACCCGCGCCCGUGCCGCCUCCCCUCAUCCUCAUCCAGGGGUGUUUUCAAAGAUGCUGGCUUGUACGGAGAUGAUCACCAUGUGCCUGCAGUCGGCCAAACAGAAGCACAUCCUGGCUCAGCAGCGGCAGCAGCCGCAGCGCGGCGCCGGACGAGGUCUCACUAUCUUCCACGACAUUUUCCGCCGAGCAGACAAAAACGAUGAUGGCAAGCUGUCCUUUGAGGAGUUCAAUGCCUACUUUGCGGACGGAAUCCUGACUACCGAGGAGCUGCAGGAGCUUUUCUUCUCCAUAGAUGGCCGAAAAAAUAACAAUCUGGGUACUGACAAGCUAUCAGAUUAUUUCUCUGACCACCUGGGGGAGUAUCUCAACGUACUUUCAGCCCUGGAGAGCCUGAAUGUUGCCAUUUUGAAGGCAAUGGAUAAAACCAAAGAGGAGUACCAGGGUUCCAGCGUGCUGGGCCAGUUUGUCACCAGGUUCAUGCUCAGAGAGACGUCCAGUCAGCUGUCGUCCCUGCAGAGGUCCCUGCAGUGUGCCAUGGAGGCCGUGGACGAGCAGAGCAGCCCGGCCCCGAGAGACGUAAAGGCACCAGAGCUGACAGCAGUACAGAAGAAUGGCAGGCGUUGUGGUCGUAGGAUCCAUAAUAACCUGUGCACGUCCCCAUCAGAUCCCGGCAUCCUUACCACGGGUGUCAGCACGGAAGACGGACAGAACUGGUCUGCUCAAAUCCUACGGCUGCAGCAACUGCUGGAUAAGCUGGAGUGUCAGGGUCCCAAGUUGGAGCCAGUGAAAGAGGACGCUCUGGCCAGCGCGUACAAGUCUAACAUCCUGUUGGUUCAGAGACAGAUGACGGCGACCGAUGGAGAUCUGGACGACUUCCAGAAGGUUCUGAAGAGCUACACGGACGCCACCGCAGCCGACGCCGACAACCUGCACGUGUCCGUUCAGAAGCUCCCAGGAAACAGGAGUUACAUAAUGUAUGAGUUCUGGCAAGACCGCGUCUCCUGGAUGAGCUACUUGCAGUCCAACAGCAGCAAGGACUUCCAGCGCUGCGCCAUCGACAUGUUGGAGGAUGCAGAAGUAGUUUCUACCAUGUUGCUGCCAGCUUCCUGGUGGAUUAUGACUAACAACUAGCGACUGAAUCCAGGAUGUCACAUCUACUGCCUACACUGUCACACGGACAAAGACGCACAUGCAUGCAUCACCCACACACACGCACGCACACACACACACACACACACGCAGGAUAAUUCAGAAGACAGCAGGAGACAGAGACAUCCAGAACUCUCCAGCAGCAUUAAAUGUCCCUCAGUCUUGGACUGCUCAUUAUUGUGCCGCUUGUAUCAAAAGGGACGGUUAAACUCCCUUCAGCCGAUCUAAUGACUUGAACGUGUUUGAUUCUCUGCAAUGCAAAAGCCUUUUUCUCUCAUGACCUCCGCUCUCACUUGGCCUCCUCCCUCUUACCGCGGUAUUUGUCUGAACUACGCCGGUGGAGAGGAGAAAAAAAAAGAGGCUUAAAUAGGCUGCUACAACAAAUCCAGUUGGAUCCACCAGUAGUGUUAUUGUGCUUGACCAAGUGUUUAGAGUUGAAUAAAAUGAAAUAGGAGAUGGAAAGUUUAGCGUGCAUGCUGACAGAAGCCUUCUGUCAUAGUUCCUUUAAAGCCAGGCUGUAAACGCUGUAUGAUUCUGGAGCACUGUUUUUCUUUCCUUCACAGAAUGAUCAAUCUCCCUCCUGCCCUAACUGCUAUCUAUUGCUAGAUAUACUACGUAUUUGUGUUAGUUACAUCUCCUCUGGGACACGCUCUCAGUUUCCAGUAAGUAAGUGUAAACAUUUAACAGAAGUAACGGCCUUGUGAGGAGAUAUCACGUCAAGUUAACAGAAAAUAUACAGUAUUUCAUGGGUCAUGUGAUUACUUUGAUCACGGUAGAGUUUAUUCCAUAUGUAUAUAUGCAACCUCGGAUAUAAUCAUAUUUAUGUUGUAUUUCGGUUCUGUGAUCUGAACCGCAAGUUGUAACCAAACUGAGACUCGACUUAAGUGAGAUUAAAGCUGUUUAUUGUUUGAAGUGAAAA